AUGAAUCGCUGGAUCUGCAUCUCGCGAACAAUUCGCCGUUCUAGAACCAUUCUCACACAAUCCAAAAUGCCUGAAAUCUUCGACGACAAGUCCGAGCACUGCAUUCCGUUCCUGCUUGAGCGCCUCAAGGCCCACCAGGCGCAGUACGGCAACGACCCCUCCAAGACCCCGCCGUUCUUCCUGGGGCUGAACGGCGUCCAGGGCGCUGGGAAAACGGUGCUGGUGUCCACGCUGCAAUCCACCCUCCGCUCGCCGCCAUACUCGCUCCCCGUUGUAACUCUCUCCCUCGACGACCUCUACCUCACCCACGACGACCAGGUCCAACUCGCAAAGAACAACCCGACAAAUCCGCUCCUCCAGCACCGCGGCCAACCAGGCACACACGACCUUCCACUCGCCGAGUCCGUCUUCGCAUCUCUCCGCUCGGGCCGCCCCACCGCGAUCCCGCAGUACGAUAAAUCGGCGUUCAGCGGGCAGGGCGACCGGGUCCCGCAGGCGCAAUGGGAAACGGUUAACGAGUCGGGGCAGGAACAGAUCAAGGUUCUUGUCUUCGAAGGGUGGAGCGUGGGGUUCCGCGCGUGGGACGAGGAUGUCCUCCGGGCGAAGUGGGAAACCGCGGUCCGGACGAAGGACGCCAAGGGGUCUGACUAUAAGGGCCGCCUGGGCCAUGUGAAGUUUGAGGAUGUUAAGACGGUUAAUGAUUUAUUGAGGAGAUACGAUGGAUUGACUAACCAGCUGGAUGCGCUGAUACAUAUCGACGCCAAGGAUAACUUCUACGUUUACGAGUGGCGACAAGAGCAAGAGCGCACUCUUCGGGCGACGAAAGGUAUCGGCAUGACCGAGGAGCAAGUCAACAACUUUGUUGAUGGCUAUUACCCAUCCUACGAGCUCUACAGCGAAACGCUCCGCGAAGGAGCCUUCAAGCCCGUCCCUCACUCAACCACAGCAUCCGUAUCGCCAUCCGGGUGGGAAGGUAAACAACUUAGAUUGAUUGUCGACAAGGGUAGAAGGGUGCAAGACGUUAUCAAAAUAUAG